ACGUGUUGACUAACUGUACGUUUUCAAGAUGGCGACAAUCGUCAGAGGACUGUCGAGGUUGACCAAAACAAACCCUGUUUCUCGGACUAUUUCAACCAGUUCCAGGGUUUUUGCUGCGAAGGAGCCAUUAAAUAUUGAUACUGUUACCCAUACAGGACAAGUUUGGGACAAAGAGGACUACAGAAAUGCUCGCUUUGUUGGAGGAAAAAAACUGGUGAAUCCCAACUUUGCUAUAGACCUGAUAGCGGAGGACCCAGUGGUGGUGUGUAAACGUCGUAACGUCUCCUCCAACAGCGGCGGGGCCCUCGGGCACCCAAGGGUCUUUAUUAAUCUGGACAAGCCGGAGGUGUCAGUGUGCGGCUAUUCCGGGAGGAAGUUUAUACAGGCCAAAUACUAUGACCCGGCAGUGCAUGGCCCUUCCAUCACAUAUGAACAAUACCUUGCGGAGAUGGAGGCUAUCAAGUCAUAGUGGGGGCUACUCUCAAUGCAAAAUAUAGGACUUUUUUAUUUAAAUCAUUGUUUGCGUAUGUAGUGAUUAAAAACUUGAAAAUAUUGUUUCUAUUUGUGUUACACUGAACUUCUUCCAGAUACUUGUCUUGGUUGACUGUUUGAAAUUGAAAUAAAAAACAUCAGAAAUUUA